AUGCUCAAAUUAUUCGGUUUCGGUGAUAAUUCCGAGAAUAAAGUCGAUGAAAAUUUGAGUGGUCAUAUUGGUGAAAUAAAAAAAGAAAAUGUAAAAAAACUGUUGAUUAUCGAUCCGGGUAAUACCAAUUGGUAUCAAAUUUUUAAAGAUUCUAAAUUAGAUGAUGGAACUUCUAUACAAAUAGAACAAGCUGAUUGGUCAGAAAUAAGCAUGACAUGUUAUAUGCCACCUUCUAGUUCAACAUGUUGUUGUACAUUAUGUCCAAGUUUAAAACCACAUCCUAAUACAUCUAUGAAUAGAACACGAAUGUUUCAACCAGAUUUUUUAUUAAUUCGAUCCGAAGUUCGUGGUGUAAAACCGUCUCAAGAUUAUCGAAAUAUUUUAUAUGGUUUUGAAUAUGCUGAUAUUCCAUCAAUCAAUAGUUUAACAUCAAUUUAUAAUUUUUGUGAAAGACCAUUAAUUUAUGCACAACUAUUGAAAAUACAUAAACGUUUAGGACAAACACAAUUUCCUUUAAUUCAACAAUAUUAUUAUCCUGUACAUGAGGAAAUGCUUAUAACACCAAGUUAUCCAAUUGUUGUUAAAAUGGGUCAUGCUCAUGCAGGUUAUGGAAAAAUAAAAUUAGAUAAUCAUAAACAAUUUGAAGAUUUUAAAACAUGUGUAGCAUUAACUUCAUGCUAUGUCACAGCUGAAACAUUUUUAGAUGGUGAUUAUGAUAUUAGAAUACAAAAAUUAGGAAAUAAUUAUCGUGCUUUUAAACGAACAGCUGUGUCAGGCAGUUGGAAAACAAAUACGGGUACUUCGUUUAUUGAAUCAAUUGAAAUGACAAAACAAUUUAAGAUGUGGGCAGAUGAAUCAUCAAAAUUAUUUGGUGGAUUAGAUAUUGUAACAGUUGAUGCUAUUCAUUGUAUAACUGAUGAUAAACUCUAUAUUCUAGAAGUAAAUGGAACUUCAAGUGGUUUUGGUGAUUAUUGUGAAGAAGAAGAUAAUAAGAUUCUUAAAGAAAUGGUAUUAGAAAGAAUGAAUCACCUAUUUAUUGACAAAAAACAGAAAUAA